GGCUGCAGGGAAGGUUUCAGUGUUGCAGUGUUAACCCUGGACGCCAGCUGUCUAUCACUGGAAAAUGCUAGACGAAAUGGGGCCGCAUGGAGUCUUGUAGUGAGAGCAAGGUGUCGUUACUGAUUAGAUAGCGCUCCUAUCUGAAGACGAGAGAAGCUUGGUGCGGUCCAACUAAUGAGAAAAAAAGAACAAGAGAAGAAAGGGGAGAACUCCGCUGCCACCAUGCAGAGAAGUAUUAUGUCAUUUUUCCAACCCACCAAAGAGGGUAAAGCAAAGAAGCCUGAAAAAGAGACAGCCAACAGCAUCAGAGAGAAGGAGUCCCCUCCAAAGGUAGCAUUGAAGGAGAGGAAUCGAGUGGUGCCUGAGAGUGAUUCUCCAGUGAAGAGGCCAGGAAGGAAGGCAGCCCAGGUCUUAAGCAGUGAAGGGGAGGAGGAAGAUGAAGCUCCUGGCACCCCCAAAGUUCAGAAGUCUGUGUCAGACUCCAAACAGAACUCUCCUUCCAGCCCUGAUGACACAUGUCCUGAGAAUAGUCCUUUCUUCAACAGCCCCUCCAUGGAUAUCUCCCCAUCAGGAUUCCCAAAGCGUCGCACUGCUCGGAAGCAGCUCCCAAAACGGACAAUUCAGGACUCUGUGGAGGAGCAGAAUGAGGACAAAGACAGAGCAGCCAAGAAAAGGAAGAAGGAAGAAGAAGCACAGACCCCAACAGAAAGUCUCACAGAGGCUGAAGAUGUAAAACAGAAGGAAGAAAAGGAGGGGAGCCAGCCCGUAGUGCCCCCUGAGCCUGCAAAGUCCCCUGAGUCGGUAACCCUGACAAAGACAGUGUGUAAGGCUGGUGUCAAACAGGAUCCUCAGGAAGAGGAACAGAGCAAACCUCCUGCCAGAAGUGCCAAGACACUCAGCAGCUUCUUUGCUCCCCGGAAGCCAGCGGUGAAAGCUGAAGUGAAACAAGAAGAAUCAAGUACUCCAAGGAAGGAAGGGAGCAAGGGAACCCUGGAUCCAACAAAUUACAAUCCUUCCAAGAGUAAUUACCAUCCCAUUGAAGAUGCCUGCUGGAAACAUGGCCAGAAGGUUCCUUUUCUUGCUGUGGCCCGGACAUUUGAGAAGAUAGAGGAGGUUUCUGCUCGGCUCAAGAUGGUGGAGACACUGAGCAACCUGCUACGCUCUGUGGUGGCCCUGUCACCUCCAGACCUGCUCCCUGUCCUUUACCUCAGCCUCAGCCGCCUUGGGCCACCUCAGCAGGGACUAGAGCUGGGCGUUGGUGAUGGUGUCCUCCUCAAGGCAGUUGCCCAGGCCACAGGUCGUCAGCUGGAGUCCAUUCGGGCUGAGGUAGCUGAGAAGGGUGAUGUGGGACUGGUGGCCGAAAACAGCCGCAGCACUCAGAGGCUCAUGCUGCCUCCACCUCCACUCACCACCUCCGGGGUCUUUACCAAAUUCUGUGACAUUGCCCGGCUCACUGGCAGUGCUUCCAUGGCUAAGAAGGUGGACAUCAUCAAGGGCCUUUUUGUCGCUUGCCGCCACUCAGAAGCCCGAUUCAUUGCCAGGUCCUUAAGUGGACGGCUGCGCCUUGGGCUGGCUGAGCAGUCGGUCUUGGCUGCACUUGCCCAGGCUGUGAGCCUCACACCCCCUGGCCAAGAAUUUCCCCCUGCUAUUGUGGAUGCUGGGAAGGGCAAGACAGCAGAGGCCAGAAAGAUGUGGUUGGAAGAACAAGGCAUGAUCUUGAAGCAGACCUUCUGUGAGGUACCUGACCUGGAUCGCAUCAUCCCUGUGCUGUUGGAACAUGGGCUGGAACGUCUCCCAGAGCACUGCAGGCUUAGCCCAGGGAUCCCUCUUAAACCAAUGCUGGCCCAUCCUACUCGGGGUGUCAGCGAGGUACUGAAGCGCUUUGAGGAGGUGGACUUCACCUGCGAGUAUAAAUACGAUGGGCAGCGAGCACAGAUCCAUGUUCUGGAAGGUGGAGAGGUGAAGAUCUUCAGCAGGAACCAGGAAGACAACACAGGAAAGUAUCCUGACAUCAUCAGCCGCAUCCCCAAGAUUAAACUCCCCUCAGUCACUUCUUUCAUCCUGGACACUGAGGCUGUGGCCUGGGAUCAGGAAAAGAAGCAGAUCCAGCCAUUCCAAGUGCUCACCACACGAAAACGCAAGGAGGUGGAUGCAUCGGAGAUACAGGUGCAGGUGUGUCUGUAUGCCUUUGAUCUCAUCUUCCUCAACGGAGAGUCCCUGACUCGCCAACCCUUGUCUCGACGCCGGCAACUGCUCCGGGAGAACUUCGUGGAGACAGAGGGCGAGUUUGUCUUCGCCACCUCCCUGGACACCAAAGAUAUUGAGCAGAUUGCUGAGUUCUUGGAGCAGUCGGUGAAGGACUCCUGUGAGGGGCUGAUGGUGAAGACCCUGGAUGUUGAUGCCACCUAUGAGAUCGCCAAGAGGUCACACAAUUGGCUCAAGCUGAAGAAGGACUACCUUGACGGUGUGGGUGACACUCUGGAUCUUGUGGUGAUUGGUGCCUAUCUGGGUCGGGGGAAGCGUGCUGGCCGGUAUGGGGGCUUCCUGUUGGCUGCCUAUGAUGAAGAGAGUGAAGAGCUGCAGGCCAUAUGCAAGCUGGGAACUGGAUUCAGUGAUGAAGAGCUGGAGGAGCAUCACCAGAGCCUGAAGGCCCUUGUAUUGCCAACCCCACGCCCCUAUGUGAGAAUUGAUGGGGCAGUGGCUCCAGACCACUGGCUGGACCCCAGUGUCGUGUGGGAGGUGAAGUGUGCAGAUCUCUCUCUGUCCCCCAUCUACCCUGCUGCACGGGGCCUGGUGGACAAAGAAAAAGGGAUCUCCCUUCGUUUCCCUCGGUUCAUUCGUGUCCGUGGAGAUAAGCAGCCAGAGCAAGCCACUACCAGUGACCAGGUGGCCUGUUUAUACCGGAAGCAGAGUCAGAUUCAGAACCAGCAAAGCUCAGACUUGGACUCCGACUCUGAGGACUGCUAUUAACCCCCUGGCCUCCUGGGCCUGGAGUGGAGAUUGAGGGAACCUGGGUACUGUUUGCUUGGUGGUGUUGACUGGUGUGUGUGGGGAAAUAGGGGUGGGAUACUGGUACUGGGAUGCUUCAUUUUCUUAAAUAAAUGACUAUUAAAUACCUGCUCUGUGAGGAGGUCUACACUGA